AUCAAUGCAAGUUGAUAUUUAACUGUUUGCUGUGCAACUGCCAAUCUUUUACUCAGGGAAUUUAGCCAUUCAUAGUACAGUAGGUUCUCCUUUUUUUGGACCAGCCAGGAGAGAUUUCUUUUCAUUUCAAAAAGUUACUUUCAUGGAUAUGGAACUCUGCCUGACACUCCUGUUGAUUUGUCUCUGCAGCCAAGGAGCUACUAAUGCUGAAGUGGCAGAAGAUCACUCAAUCCCCCUAAUUCCUCUAACUCCCAGUCAACCCAUAGAAGAAGGGCAAAGCCAGGGUACUGCAGAGCCAACAACAGUAAACAAUACAACUGUUAGUGCAUCAUCCGUUCCGCCGACAAACAAGACAUUACCAGAUGAAGAAGAAGGGGAUGGUUGUCAGGUUAUCGGUCAAAGCCUUGACACCAAACAAAUGAUCACUGCUGCAAUUCAGAGACUGGGUUUGCAGCUCUUACAGAACCUGGAGACGACUACAGAGCAGCCAAAUCUCAUCAUUUCUCCUCUAAGUAUAUCCCUGGCCCUCUCGCAGCUGGCUUUAGGUGCCCAAAAUAAGACGGAAGAGCUGUUGAUGUAUCACCUUAAUGAAAACGCAGUACCUUGCUAUCAUGAGUCUCUGCGUAAUGUCCUAAGACAGCUGAGAAACAGUGACACCCAAAUUGCCACGCGCAUGUUUCUGCAACAAGGGUUUAAGGCAAAGCAAGAGUUUGUGCGUGAAUCUCUGCGGUUUUAUGACUCAGAACCUGCAAUAGUGGAAAGCCUUCAGCAGAUAAAUGGAUGGGUAGAGAAUGUAACAGAGGGAAAAAUAACUGACUUCCUGCCCUCUUUACCACCCAAUAUACUUCUCAUGCUCAUCAAUGCUGUUUAUUUCAAAGGAGAAUGGAAAGCUCGAUUUGACCCAAACUUUACCUCCAAAGGUGUCUUUUACCUGGAUGAUUUGCACAUGGUGGAUGUUGAUAUGAUGGAAGAUGCCAAACACCAGCUGAGUUUUUUCAUUGAUAAUGAGCUAGAAGCUCAGGUGGCAAGGUUCCCUUUCACAAACGACAUGAGUUUAUUGGUUAUAAUGCCCGAGUCUGGAAAAGUGAAUGUGUCUUUACUGUCUUCAAAUCUAAAUAUCUCUGAUUUGUAUGAACGUUUACCCAAAGAGAGAGCUGUUCAAGUUAAAGUUCCAAAAUUUAAACUGGAAUAUUCCCAAGAAUUACAGGAAGUUCUUACCAAAUUAGGUCUCGGGGAGAUGUUCCAGAAUCCCAAUUUGGCUGGAAUUGCAGAUGGCACUCUACUGGUGUCUCGGUUUAUGCACAAGUCUGGCAUUGAAAUAAAUGAGGAUGGCGCAAGGGCUGCUGCAGCCACAACUAUCGUCAUCUCAAGGUCAUCAAAUCCUAUUUUUCACCUCAUUCAGCCCUUCUUCUUUGUGCUGAUGGAUGAUGUAACUCAGAUACCAAUCUUCAUGGGUGUCAUCAACAAUCCCAAUCCUGGAGCCCCUGUCCUGGAAAAGGGAGAAUUUGGAAGCAAAGAUAAAGUGGGAUUCCCAAUUGACAAGAAUUAUGUGGGCUCAUUUGGAAAUCCUCCCAAGUAGAAACUUUAUUCCUUUUCUUUUCCUCU